UUAUUAAUUGCUUGAGUGAAGAGACAAAAUUAACUUGGGAGGUCAAGAAGCUUGAGGUUAUGAAAGAAGGGCUUUAUCAGAUUAGGGAUGUUCUCAUAGACAAAAGCAUUGGAUAUAAGGAAACUCGCCACCAGGAGAGUUUAGUGCACAAGAAGUUGACUAAGACAUUGGGCCACUCAUCACGAUGUGUCUUCACACUUCUUCUUUAUUAUCUUUAUGGUAGCAUCUGGGAUAUUGAAGUUGAAGUUUGUGGAGGACUCUAUGCCAUUGGUCACGGGGAUAAAUUCCGUCUAUGCAUGGGAAAGAUUUUAACAUCCACUGAGCAGAAUAUACUGCAGAGUGGGGUUAAACAGCUAAGCAGAGUGCUGGGGCUUUUCAAGUUUGUAGGGGAAACUGCAGGAAUGAAAGGCGACCUAGAAGUACAAGGCCAUUUGUGUUGCGUUGGUGCGGAGAAUAAGUCAUUUACCUAUAGAAACAAUCUGUUCUUCUUGCAUUCUAUUAGUUACUGA